AGCUCACCAUGUUGCAUCUCAUAUGGUUCAGUAGCCACAACAAGUAUGAUGAAUGCAAAAUCACGGAAUUAAAAUCGCUGCUGCAUAUAUUCGGAUACAAAGAUGAGGGAGAAGCACUACUCAAUGAUACGAACAAGCACAAGGGGGAAGUAUUUGUUAAGGUAAACCUCCCAGAAGAUAUAGAUUGGAAGAGUGUAAUUUCGAGAAGCGUUUUAAUAAAAGGUAUUAUACAAAUUUGGAGUGAAGGUCCAACAUACGAUGACGGAGGACAUAUUGUGUUGGAUCCUUUCGUUGGGUCAGGGGGGCUACUAAUCACGUCCUCCAUUUUUAACGCUAUAUGUGUAGGCAAUGACAUAGACAUAAGGCUACUCAAAGGAUAUAAAAUAGCUUACUUGAAUCCUCAUAUGCAACAUAAAAGUAGGAAUAAAAAUAUUUUUGAAAAUUUUUUGCAUUAUGAUUUAAACCGUCCGGAGAUUCUCGUUUCUGAUAAUUCGAAGCCCGUUUGGAAUGCCUUUCACAAACCCUGGGUUGAUGCCAUCGUUACGGAUCCACCGUAUGGAAACAGGGCCACCGUCCGCAUAUGCCUCAGGAAUGACCAAGCGGGGGACUCUGCCGAGGGGAGGACACCCGCGAAUGGGGCAACCCACCCCGGCGGGGAUAACAGCGAUAGCAGCGAAAGCGCAGAUAACCGCGAUAGGUGCGACGUUAGCGAUAAGGACGGACCCGGAUCCUCUCCCCAGUGCGACAGUGUAGACCGUAAAAGAGUAAAAUCAUUAAUGAGUACCAAAACGGUCACGUACAGCUGCACCGCAGCCGUGAAAGACUUGCUAAACAUUGCUUCCAUUACGCUGGUCGAUAACGGCAUGUUGGUGUUUCUCCUACCGGUGCAGUUGGAUAAUUUGGAAGAAGAAAUUGCCAUACUAAAGCAUGACGAUUUUUUUCUCAUUUCGUACGACUUGCAAACGUUUACACCAUGUUCUGGAAGGCUCAUAGUAUCGAUGCAGCGGAAGUGUAGGAAGCCUUCUAAUU